AGCAAAGUAUGCUGAAUCAAUUAGAAUUGGUUUAUUCCAUCGUUUUGCUUUUUAUUACCGUCAUUAUGCUCUUUCAUUGAGGGAUUGUCUUGUCUUGCCUUGCCUUGCCUUUACCUCGUCUUGUCUUGUUUUGUCUUUGGGAUUGUUUUUGUCUAGUAUAUUGGUUUUGUUUGUUAAUGUAUCCCUCAUUCUUAUUAUUUAUUAGUUCAUUUUAUUUAUUUAUUUUAAUUUAGCCUAUUUAAUAUAAAACUUUAUCCAUUCCAGUAUGAAAGUAAUAGGUUUUUGCAGACAAAAAUUUGAGUCACGUGAAAACAUCGAUCGCUAUAAUUUUUUUUUUUGGACUAAUUUUUCAACAAUUUGUCAAUAGAUCAGUUUAGUCAUAAGAUUAAGCAAUAAGAAUAACGAUGUUGAGAUCAUUAGGUAGAGUUAAUGGAUCAAUAUUGAUCAAUGGUAUCAAAUCCCAUCAAUCUAGAUCUGUUUUAGCUUCAGUUUCAAAAAUUUCGUCACCUAAAGUUCAAUCAGUAAGAUUUCAAUCAAGUAAUAAUAAUCAACCACCUCAAGAAAUAUUCACCAAAUUAUCUGAUUCAAAAGAUCCAAAUCGUAAUCAAUUUUUCCAAUAUAGUUGGGGUUCAUGGUUAAAGAAUGAUAAGUUGGAGAAAUUAAGAAGAGAAACCAAGUUUUCCAUUGAAGGGAUUAGUAAAUUAUUCCAAGAUAUCAAUAGUAUUAGAUCAUCAAUUUCAUCAACUGAAAUCUCUAAACCUAAACAAUUGAAUGAUGGAACUGUGAUUUUAAAUCAUAAUUUAAGUGAGGAAUUAAUUGGUGAAAAAGUUAGUAAUGCUGUGAUGCCAAUUAAAUCAAUCGCAAGUAUUCAUGAAGGUAAACAUCAUAGAAUUUAUAAACUUACUUUAGCCAAUGGUAAAGAAUUAGUAUUAAGAAUUCCAUAUAAAUUAGAAUCUGAAUUCUCAAUCUCUCAAAAGAUUAAGAGUGAAGUUGCUACUUUAGACUUCUUAGAUUUGAAAUUGAAUUUAAAGGUUCCAAAAGUGAUUGCUUAUAGUGAUUCCAAAUUAAAUAAUUUAAAUUCUCCAUUCAUCUUAAUGGAAUUCAUUCCAGGAGAUUUAUUAAUGAAGAAAUGGAAUCCAUUAGCUGCUGAUUCGGAACAAUCAGAAUCUGAUUUAAAAUCGGUCAUCACUCCAAUUUCAGAAUUCCAAGAUAAACUCUUAUCAAUCACGUUUAAUAAAUUUGGUUCAUUAUAUUUCAAAAAUGAUGUGACUCCAUUACAAGCUAAUGAUUUACCAUAUGAAGGAGAAACCAAUCCUGAUUUAAAGGAUAGAUGGAGAAUCGGUUCAAGUAUUGAAAAAUCAUUCUCUAAGCAUAAGAAUUUAUUAUCUGCCAAACAAAUUAAUGAAUUAAAUGGUCCUUGGGAUUCCGAUAAACCCCUGGAAUUAAUCACAUCGAUUGCUGCUAUUGAAUUAGAAAACUUGAAAACAAGAUUCUCUUUAUCACAAGCUGAUUCAGCUAAGGUAGUUGAAAAUGAAGAUUUAAUUCAUAAACAGAUCACAGCAUUUGAGAAUUUUAAAACCAUAAGUUCAAAAUUAUUCAAUUCAAAUUCCAAAUCAAUCAUGAAUGUGGAUGAAUUAUUCAAACCAAGAUUAUUCGCUCCUGAUUUAGAUCCUCUUAAUGUUAUUGAAAAAGAUGAUGAAUAUUAUUUCAUUGAUUUUGAAUAUUCCACUAUAAAACCAUUCAUCUUUACUAAUUAUCCAAAUUUCCUUACUUAUAAUGGAGCCAAGAUUUAUGAUUUAGAACAAGAUAUUCCAGGAUAUGCUGAAAUGGAUGAAGUUGAAAAACAACAAUAUCAAUUCAUGUAUUACAAAACUAGAAAUGAAAGAUUAUGGGAAUUAGAAUUAAAUUCAAAGAGACAUGAUUUAAUUGCCAUUGCAUCUCCUCAUAUCAAAGCAUUAAAGGGUCCUUAUGUUCAAGCUUUAGAAUUAAAGACUGAUAAGGAUUAUUUAUAUGUGGAAGGAAGUAUUAUUCAAUUACAGGCUAUGUGGGAAGCAUAUGUUGCCAAUGAAUUAUGUAAUAGUAGUGAAAAUGAAUUCCCUAUAAAGUAUAGUGCUGAAUAUUUAGAUCAACAUCAAACUGAAUUAGAAGAGUAUCAAUUAGAAGUGGUGUCGAGUCCAUUUGCUGCUACUGGAGGAUGGAUUCCUCAAGAUAUGUUCAAUACUCUUAAAGAGAGUGAAAUCAUUGUUGAAGAUGAAUUUGGUAAUUAUACCAUUGAAACUGAAAAGGCCUUGGCUGAUGAACCAAAACCAUAGUUAAUAAAGUAGUUAUAAUUAAUAGAAACCUUG